UGUGAAUCUUCUCAGAAAGCGGAUAAAGUGACCGACACCGGAUCUAGAGAAACGCUGCUCGAUAUAGAACAACUUCCUGUUUUCUCGAUCAGAAGUAAUCGUUACUAGACAUAAAGAGUGAAAGGCGACUAGGGUUUUUUUGCUCACAAAAACCCCAAAGGAGCAAAACGCUUCAACUGAUCCGGCGUUUGAUCUCCUAACACCGGCUAAUUGACCACUGGUUUCCAAGCACAGUAUCUGCAGGAAAUCAUGGAUGCCAAUAGGGGUCAAGGCGGAAUUCAGCUCCUGCUAGCUGCAGAACAAGAAGCACAACACAUUGUUAAUGCUGCCAGAAAUGCAAAAAUGGCUAGACUGAAACAGGCCAAAGAAGAGGCGGAUAAGGAUAUUGCUGAAUAUCGUGCCCAAAUGGAGGCUGAGUUUCAGAAGAAAGUUGCAGAGAGCAGCGGAGAUUCAGGUGCUAAUGUGAAACGCCUUGAGCAAGAGACUGAGGCUAAAAUUCAACACUUGAAAACAGAGGCUGCAAGGGUAUCCCAUGAUGUUGCCCACAUGCUUCUCAGGCAUGUGACGUCUGUGAAGAACUAAGCUUUUCCUUGGUCAAGUAGGAGAGUAAUCAGGGAAAUAGUCGGUUUGCUGAUUUUUAAGACUUCCCACCUAGUGCAUGUAUUGGAACAAUAGAAGUUCAAAUUGAUAAACAUAUCAUGCUUGUUGAUUCCUGUAUUUUACAUAUAUAUUGCCUGUAUUGGUUGAUUGGGUCCUGCAUUUGAUCAAAUAAAUCACUGGAUGAUAUUCUCUUAUAAUAGAUUUGUAGCAAUGUCUGAGUAGCUUUAGAA